AUGGCUCUUCUUCACAAGCUUUCGUCUUUCACCUCUCCAACUUCCCCUCUCACUCCAAAUCCCCGUUUUCGCCAACCCAUUUCUUCAAUCAACUGCACGACAUCACCCACUUCACCAUUCACAGAAAAACACUCCACAGAAAGAUACCAAAGAGACCAAUGGGUUUACCGGAAAACAAUAUCGUGUAAUCACAACACCCCUUUUGGUGAUUCAACAAGAGAGGAUGAUAUAGCUUUACAGCUUCCAGAGCUGAAGAAGCUCGUUCAAGUGUUGAAGAAAAGACGGGAAAGUGAAGGGAAAUGCAGUGAAGGGAAGUGUGUUCCUGGUGAUGUGUUUUUGGUUGGAACAGGACCUGGUGAUCCUGAAUUGUUGACUCUUAAAGCUGUUAGAGUUAUUAAGAGUGCUGAUUUGUUGUUGUAUGAUAGGUUGGUUUCUAAUGAUGUCUUGGAUUUGGUUGGUCCUAAUGCGAAACUUCUAUAUGUGGGAAAAACUGCUGGCUACCAUAGUAGAACACAGGAGGAAAUACAUGAGCUUCUUUUGAGUUUCGCAGAAGCUGGGGCGACUGUUGUGAGACUUAAAGGGGGUGAUCCGUUGGUGUUUGGGAGAGGCGGGGAGGAAAUGGAUUUUUUGCAACAGCAAGGUAUCCAUGUGAAAGUUAUUCCAGGUAUAACAGCAGCAUCUGGAAUUGCAGCGGUAUUAGGGAUUCCGUUAACACACCGUGGUAUCGCAAAUAGCGUGAGAUUUCUCACGGGGCAUUCGAGGAAAGGAGGAAGCGAUCCUUUAUUUGUAUCAGAAAAUGCUGCUGAUCCUGAUUCUACCUUGGUGGUUUAUAUGGGCUUGUCAACGUUCCCUUCCCUUUCGCAGAAACUAAUGCAUCAUGGUUUGUCCCCUCACACCCCGGCUGCAGCCAUUGAGCGAGGGACCACACUUCAGCAGCGCACUGUGUUUGCAGAACUUAAAGACCUUCCUGAGAAAAUUGCGUCUACGGGAUUAGAGUCACCAACACUGCUAAUUAUAGGAAAAGUUGUCGAGUUAUCGCCAUUUUGGCCUAUUACAACAAAACAAGAAUCAUCUUUAAUGCAAGCAUGA